AUGGCAGUAAAUAACGGUCAUCUUGGCAUAGUUAAAUAUCUUAUAUCUGUUGGAGUUAAUAUGGAAGCAAGGUGUAAUAUCAGGAAGCAUCCACAAUCUUGGUCAGGCAUUGAUGAUGGAAUCACAUCUUUACUUAUUUCAACUGAAAAAGGUCUUAUUGAUAUUAUUAAAUGUCUAAUCUCAUCUGGAGCUGAUAAAGAUGGAAAGGACAAUAGUGGCAAAACUCCACUCAUUUAUGCUUCCUUUUUGGAUAAUCUUGAAUUAGUUAAAUACUUUCUUUCGAUUGGAGCAAAUAUUGAAGCACAAGAUAAUGAUGGAUUUACUCCACUCAAUUAUGCUUCAAUGAACGGCAAUUUAGAAAUGGUAAAAUAUAUUAUUUCAUGUGGAGCAAAUAUAUAA